GCUGCACCAACUCCAAACGCCGGAGGUGUCGGUGUUGGAACGGCAGAUCAAGCGUGGCCUCCGAUCGUUGUGGACCUGCUCACAAUCGCUCUACAGAGAAAGGAUCGACUCGAGUGCUUCUUGCGACAUCCGUGCCCGACAAAAUAAACAUGAGGAUACUACCCCUGAUUGUGUUCAUAGCCUGCUUGCUGUAUCAGACGGCGGCGCGACCACAGGAUGAUUCUGAGCCUCGAUCCGCGUCCAACCGUGGUUUAUUGAAGAGAGGUCUGGUUAGCAAGGCCAAAACCACUACCACCACGGCAGCACCACAGGAAGAAGAAGAAUACGAGGAUGAAGCUGAAUACCCAGAAGGUGAAGCUCAGGAACCCUCCACGGAGACACCACCUUCCUCCACAGAAGGCAAAAAGUUAGUCGGAAACGGCAUUCGUCCUUUCCGAAGUAACACUGAUUUAUUAGAAGCCUUGAAGAGACGACGUGCCCAAGUUGCGGAAGCUAAAAAUCAAGGUAACUCCGCUCCUUCCGUAGCGCAGCCUCUAUCCGACGGUCAAACGGAAGCCCCUGUCAAAGCUAACUUCAGCAAAAAGCGGUUCAACACAGCGACGAGAGAGACAAAGACCGAUGAAGCUCCCGCACCAGCACCUGCCAAGCCCAGCAGAGGUCGUUUUGGAAGGCCAUCAUCAAAGUCUAUCCAGGAAGUUGAGCCUGAAGAACAGAAUGACACCACUCCCCCAGCAAGGACUGGCAGGACAUUCAGAAGGGGAGGCAAUUAGAUCUUCCAUUUAUCCCUACUAUCCCCCCCAUAUUCCAUCCUAAUCCGCCCAAACCUCCUCAAAAUUAGUGAUAUCACUGCCAUCAGAUAUUCUGGUCUGAACUCAUCAGCUCCGAUGAAUGAAGAAAUGAUUUAUAUCUACUAUUUGUAAAUUAUG